AUGGAACCCACACAUCUCAAAAGGCGAGAAAUCUGUGCAGAUUUUCAAGCAGAAAACGCCGAAAAAGUGAGACAAGACAAUGCGCUCAAGAAUAAAAAAAGGCGAGAAGCUUAUGCUAAGUUCAAAUUCGAUAACAACGAAAAACUUCAUCAACAGCUGGUGCUCAAAAAUAAAAAAAGACGAGAAGCAUAUGCAACUGAAAAAAUGUCUAACCAUUUACAGUUGAAAAUUGUUCAAUUUCAAAACUUAAUUAGACAAGUUUUGAAUUAUGAAUUUUGCCCCAUUCAUCAAAUUUUGCAGCCACACAGCAGUAAUUUGCAAGCAUUAGACGAAAGUAAAAGUAGAGUAGAAUUUUUACUGAUAUCGCGAACUUCAAACUUCUGGCACUGGGUAUGCGUUUUUUACAACCUACAAUCUAUAUUUAUUUACGACCCACUCAACAGACCUGAUACAUAUGAUAAAAGUAUUGGUUUAUUACGAUUAUUAUUUCCUAAACAUACGGGGAACCAGAAAAUUAUACAUUGCCCUUACGUGGAAUGCGAUCCCUCGAAAGAUUCGGCCCUUAAUGCGAUUUCUAUUGCCACGAGUUUAUUUUACAAUUUCAAGCCUGACAACAUUUUAUACAAACAAGGCCUCGAAAAACAUUUCGAUCAUAUGCUAGAGAACAAAGUUAUAAAACAUUUCCCGUUUGAAUUUAAAAAGUUGAAUGAUCCAUCAAUUUACCAUUUUGAUGAAAGUCUUAUUACCACCGGCGAUUGGUUGAACGACGAUCAUAUGUACUGUGUUAAUUAUCUGGUGCGGAAAUUUACAUUUUAUGAACCAGUUGAUACCGUCGUAAUACAAAGCCUAGAACAGUACAAAAAUAUUACGGUUGCACGAGAAUCUAAACAUUUCCAAAUCUUGCACGGCUCAAAUCACUGGAUAUGUUAUAAAUACGAAAACAACAAUAUAUCUUUAUAUGAUUCAAAAUUCAACGGCAACUUGAAUGAGCUACAAGAGAAGUUCCUUCGAUCUUUACAUCCUUCGUGUUAUAUAGAACAAUAUAAUCCGAACGUAACCUGUCCGUCUGUACAACAACAACUUUAUAGCGAUGAUUGUGGAGUUUUCGCCAUCGCAUUUCAAGUUAGUCUUAUAUUCGGAUAUGAUCCGCAGCACCUAUUCUAUGAAAGAUCUCAAACGAGAAAACAUCUACUAAACAUACUUAGAACCAAGACCUUAGAAAAUGUAUCAUCAAUUUAUAAACAACAAGAAAUCGCCUUUAACAUUCAUGCGUAUGAGUGCUGUCAAUUACAAUCACAACAGCCGGCUAAUGAAGACCAUGAACAUGUCCACGUCGAUCAGAUAAAUGGCGAACAGCAGACUGGUCUCAAAGAUGCAGACUAUUUUGAAAUCACUAAAGAAAAAAACACCAACAAGAAAAAUAAGAAAAAAAUCGUCUACUACGACUACCAGAAAGAAAUAUUCAUGCAACACAAAUACGUUCAAAUAGUAUUAGAUAAGUUACACAAUUUACAUGACGAUCAGCCUGAUCAUUAA